UUCUAAUUUGAUUACUUAUCCUUAACUUGAAACAAUUUUCUUAAUUAUAUGAAGUUUUUAUCUCUUUUUCGUAGUCCUGAUAUUGUGCGCGCGUAUAUAUCUCGUGGCCUUGUAACUUUCUGCAGUAUUCACUGACCAGAUAUAUGGUGGCAAAGUUAAAAAAUCAACACCAAUGAUUUAUGUUCAUCUUUUUAAAAUUAGAAUACAUUAUACAGUCCACUUUUGUUAAAGAGUGCUUUUUCUUUAUAAAGUACAGAGGAGAAUCAAACUUUAGCUUUUUCUUUUUUAGUUCUAUUUUUUCUUGGAUUCUCAAUUAUCACAGUGCUUUUAUUUGGUUGUUGCUGAAACAUAUAAGCACCAAUUUGUGAUAUGAUUUCUUUAUUCUUCAUGAAAAAUGCACUUUAAUCCUUCAAAAUUUAAAGUUCACAGCAAAACCUUUGGCUUUUUUCUUUUUCUUUUUAAAUGGAAGAGUCAGCAUAACACUUCAAGCAUUGAAAUAAUGAAAAUGCAUAAUAGACUUAUGCAUCUGACAGAACGAGCUCUCUUUCCUUGAAAACCUUCUCAACGGAAAGGAUGAAGAACGGUUAAGCUCGGAACUUGGAACAAUCACCAGUGACUAGUCUUGAUUUCUCAUCAAACAAGACAUGAAGUUGAAAUUCUCUAAUGUUGCUCUUGUUCUAUUAAUCACGUCACUGUCUCUCUUUAGUUUGAUUGUAGCUGAUUCUGACUUGAACUCGGACCGACAAGCUCUAUUGGAGUUUGCUUCUUCUGUUCCACACGCACCGAGGCUCAACUGGAAUGACUCAUCUUCAAUUUGUACUUCAUGGACUGGUGUGACUUGCAACUCAAACCGAACUCGUGUCGUAGGCAUCCAUCUUCCAGGAAUCGGAUUAACCGGUUCAAUUCCGGAGAACACAAUAGGAAAACUAGAUGCUCUUAGAGUUCUAAGCCUUCAUUCCAACGGUCUUAGAGGGAAUCUUCCUUCUAACAUCCUUUCCAUUCCUUCCCUCCAAUUUGCACAUCUGCAGAAAAACAACUUCUCAGGUCUAAUUCCGUCUUCCGUCUCUCCUAAACUAGUUGUAUUCGAUAUUUCCUUUAACUCCUUCUCUGGUAUUAUACCAUCCGAGUUUCAGAACCUGAGAAGACUCACUUGGUUUUAUCUCCAAAACAAUUCUAUAUCGGGUCCUAUCCCCGACUUCAACCUCCCAAGUCUCAAAUACUUGAAUUUGAGCUAUAAUAACUUGAACGGUUCGAUUCCAAAUUCCAUCAAAACAUUCCCGUCUACUUCUUUUCUUGGAAACUCUCUCUUAUGUGGUCCACCUCUUCUCAGUAAUUGCUCUUCAAUCUCUCCUUCUCCAUCUCCUUCCCCUACACUCACACAAAACCAAAAAGAUACGACGACCCGUAAGAAAAGCUUUGGCAUAGCAGCUAUACUUGCUCUAGUCAUUGGAGGAAUCGCCUUACUAUCUCUACUAGUGUUAGUGUUCUUUGUAUGCUUCCUUAAGAAGAAAAACAAUAAAAGAAGCGGCAUACUGAAAGGAAAAGCUUCUUCUUGCGCUGGAAAGACUGAAGUUUCGAAGAGUUUUGGAAGUGGAGUGCAGGCUGCUGAAAAGAACAAGUUGUUUUUCUUUGAAGGUUCUUCUUAUACCUUUGACCUUGAAGAUCUACUAAAGGCUUCUGCUGAAGUUCUCGGUAAAGGGAGCUAUGGUACAGCGUACAAGGCAGUUUUGGAGGAGGGGGUGACAAUGGUGGUUAAAAGGUUGAAGGAAGUUGUGGUAGGAAAGAAGGAGUUUGAACAACAGUUGGAUAUUGUCGGGAGAUUCGGACGCCACCCUAAUGUCAUGCCGCUUAGAGCUUAUUACUAUUCCAAAGAUGAGAAACUUUUGGUUUACAAUUACAUGCCGGGAGGCAGCUUGUUUUUCUUGUUGCAUGGAAACAAAGGCGCAGGAAGAACACCAUUUGAUUGGGAUUCAAGAGUAAAAGUCGCACUCGGAACAGCUAAAGGAAUUGCUUUCAUUCACUCAGAAGGAGGUUCGAAAUUUACACACGGAAACAUAAAAUCAACCAAUGUACUAAUAACACAAGAAUUGGAUAGCUGCAUUUCUGAUGUUGGACUACCUCCUCUGAUGAACGCGCCAGCAACAAUGUCGAGAGCAAACGGGUAUAGAGCUCCAGAAGUAACCGAUUCCAAAAAGAUCACACAGAAGUCCGACGUAUACAGCUUCGGCGUGCUGCUACUUGAAAUGCUAACAGGAAAGACUCCACUAAGGUAUCCUGGUUAUGAGGAUGUUGUUGAUCUUCCGAGAUGGGUUAAGUCCGUUGUGAGAGAGGAAUGGACAGCUGAAGUAUUCGAUGAAGAACUUCUUAGAGGACAAUAUGUUGAAGAGGAAAUGGUUCAGAUGCUUCAGAUUGCACUUGCGUGUGUCGGUAACACGCCCGAUAUGAGGCCGAGAAUGGAUGAAGCUGUUAGAAUGAUAGAGGAAAUUAAACAUCCUGAGUUUAAGAACAGGACAUCCUCGGAGUCUGAAUAUUCUAAUCUGCAAACACCAUAAGAUAACUCACUCUUUUGCUUCUGUCAAGAGAUAUAUGUUCCACCAAUAAUAAGCAAUUUUUGUUUGUAAAAUAGUACUACUAAUCUUUGUUUUCAUGUAUCAACUUAUUUGUUACCUUUUGAAACUUUUGGCUGAUUGUUGUUUAGUCAAUGGAAAUAAUUCAGGUUUAAUUAUUGUA